AUGGAGAGGGAAAGCCAUGAUGCCACAGUCAUUCAUUCCUCCAUAGCUCUAUUGCAGGAAAGGUUUCGGCAGCUGCAGAGAGUGAAGGCAAUGAGAGAGGAGAGAGAGAUUUUGAGAAUGCUAGCUCUCUGUGACUCAGAACCAAAGCAUAAGCAGUUGUUGAUGAUGAUGAAGAUGAAUACUAGCAAUCCCAUUCCCACCGUGCAUAACAAGCCGGCCGCGGAAAGGUUGUUUUUCCAUCCUGAUCACCAUGAUCUUAUUCAGCCUCAUGGUCAUGGAUCAUCAGAAUCCGGAAUUUCUGUGUCCCUGUGGCCAGCACUGCAGAGCAAGCAUGAGGAUUAUAUACUGUAUAGGAGCACUGAGACCCCGCUGUUGAUCAACCUAUGGCCUUCAGUCACAGAUACCCCUUCGUUAGACACUUGUUCAAAUAAAUUCCAAGGUUCCGAUUGCGACUCUGAUGUGGAUACUUCUCUUCAUCUGUAA